CCUCAAUGGGGCGCCCCCGUGGGAACCGCGUUGGUGUCACCCCCGCGUCACCCCCGCGGUGGGGACAGUGACGCUCUGGGGCUGGGCAGUGCUGUGCAGGGGAGGAUGCCGAUCAUUUUGCUCCGGAGCAGGAAAUAUCCGUGCUGAAGGUGGCCCCGGUGGCUGCAGAGCUUGGGGAUGUGCUGGUGGCUCCUCGCUGUCCUGGGGGUGCUGAGCAGCCCCUGCAUGGGGACCACAGCCUGCGAGCUGCUGCGAUGCCCACCUGGAGAGGAACCCAUUGGGACGUGCAGCACAGCGCAGAGCUGCCGCCCCUGUCCCCCUGGCUCUUCCUCUGCAGGGGAUGCACCGUGCGCCUGCUUGCACGGGUUUUACAGCCCUGAUGGCCAUAGGGAGCCCCAGGGCCGGUGCCUGCCCUGCUCUGCUGCACCCCACGGCACCCCGGGGUGCACAGGCCAACGGCGAGCCAGGAGCGUGGUGACACCUCGGGGACCAUCGGGGACCAAUGGGACAUGGGAGCUUCAACCGGAGGAGGCGGCGGCGGCGCAGUCGGCCGUGUUGGCCAUCGUCCCCGUGUUCUGUGCCAUGGGGUUGCUGGGCAUCCUGGUGUGCAACCUGCUGAAGAAGAAGGGCUACCACUGCACAGCACACAAGGAACACGAGCACAACACCAGCGGUCCCAGCUCCAUCUACCAGAUUGAGGAUGCCAAUGAGGACACCAUCGGGGUCCUGGUGCGCCUCAUCACAGAGAAGAAAGAAAAUGCUGCAGCGCUGGAGGAGCUGCUGAAGGAACAUCAGAGCAUGCAGCCAGCACCAGCGGGUUGCAAACCUGUCUACAAGCUGCACCUCCUGCCUCAGUUUCCCCCCUCCUGCUGCCACCAGCAGCACCUGCACACAGUGCACGGCCCGGCUCCCCCUUCAGACCCCCCCUGCACCCGAUGCAACCAGAGGAAGUGGCCCCAAGUGCUGCCAUCCCCCACAGCCACCAAAGCCACCAGACCCGCCGGUGAGAUCACCAUUCUCUCCAUAGGAAGAUUUCGGGUGUCCCGGAUCCCCGAGCAGAAGCCAAGUGUUGGAGGUGAUCCUCUCCCCACCAGCACGAGGCCGUCGUGGCUGAAAAGCACUGACAGCCGCCCUGAGCCUCCUGGCUCUGUUGCUGGAGAGGUGGUCGUUAAUAAACGAGCUCUGUUUUGGGCAAAGAAGAUGGGGGUUUGCAGCGCACCCCGCAUCUUCCUGGCCAAGGCUGAGAAUUCAGACAGCUCCUCCCAGUGCAGGGAUGGCUGA